GUGGAGAGAGUACUAAGCUGCAGUAGCACGCGCGCUCAGCUCGCGCUUUAUGACUUAACUUUUCGUGCUGUUAUGUCUCGAGCCCGAUGCCAUCAGCAACGGCACGUUUCUGUCAUUUCUCUGAGCCCAUCGUGCGGAAGAAGAAACAUUUUUGUUUAAGCCAAAAGACCUGCUGAGAAUGAGUCCCGCAUAACUUCGGGUAUUGUUAUCUACCCCCUCCUUCUCUCAUUCUCCCCCUAUCCCGCGCUCUCUCCAAGUUGAGUCAUUGUACAUAAGUAUGGUAGAUAAAGGCCCCUUGUUGACUUCUGCCAUUAUUUUUUACCUGUCCAUUGGGGCAGCAAUUUUUCAAGUCCUGGAGGAGCCCAAUUGGAAGCUGGCUGCAAAGCAGUAUAGUGCCAAGAAGGAUAAAAUACUUGAGGACCAUCCCUGUCUGACGCAAGAUGAUUUGGACAGAAUAUUAGAGGUGGUGUCUGAUGCUGCAGGCCAAGGGGUCACCAUAACUGGCAGUAAGACCUUCAACAACUGGAACUGGCCAAAUGCUGUUAUCUUUGCAGCCACGGUUAUCACUACUAUCGGAUAUGGUAACAUUGCCCCCAAAACAUCAGCAGGCCGUGUAUUUUGCAUCUUCUAUGGGCUGUUUGGUGUGCCGUUGUGUCUCACCUGGAUCAGUGAGCUUGGAAAGUUCUUCGGUGGCAGAGCCAAGCACCUGGGCCAGUAUCUAACCAAGAAAGGCUUUUCACUGAGAAAGGCUCAGUUCACCUGCACAGCUAUUUUUCUCCUCUGGGGUGUGCUGAUCCAUUUAGUACUCCCACCUUUUGUGUUUAUGUCCCAGGAGGGUUGGACAUACAUCGAAGGCUUGUACUUCUCAUUUGUCACCUUGACCACAAUUGGCUUUGGGGACUUGGUAGCAGGUGUUGAACCAAACAAAGAAUACCCGACUCUGUACCGUUACUUUGUGGAGGUGUGGAUUUAUCUGGGGUUGGCCUGGCUUUCUUUGUUCUUCAACUGGAAAGUGCGGAUGGUGAUAGAAGCUCACAAGGCCUUGAAGAAACGCCGUAAGCUGCGCAAGCUAUCUCUGGAUGAGCUCCGGCACUACAAAGAGUCUCACAAGGCUGCCCUCCGUCUGCCACCCACUCCCAAUGAUGUCAACAUCUUCAGCUUCCUGUCCAAGAAGCAGGAAGGCUACAAUGACUUGAUAAAGCAGAUUGGCACCAAAAAAGAUGACAGGACCAGUGGAAGCGCUGGCGGCAACAUCAAUAAAUCCAAAGACAUUGGUCGUUCAAAGAGCUGCAAUGAUGCUCCCAUGUUUAAUGCGCACACAAUCCUCAGUCUGGACCGCUCGCCACGCCAGAAGAGACGCUACAGUUUCAGUGACCGCGUCACUGUUGCUUUUUCAAAGUCCAAGAACUACCUCCUGGGCUCAGACAAUGGUUUGCUGCUGACAGAAGAUCACAUAGAGGGCGACCUAGACCUAAACCAGGACCAAAUGUAUGAGAACCAACUUGACAAGGACGUGGACCUCGAGAGCCGAGGAGUGGGAGACUGUGGACCAGGUGGUCGCAGGACAUGGGACUCUAAAGAGUACCAUCCCCUAACCUUCCAAAAUGCAAACAUUACUUUUAUUGACGAGGAAAACUUUCUCAGCAACAACUUGGAGGAAGAUGACGAUGAUGACGAUGAUGAUGAUUCUAAAGCAAAAAUAUCUAUUACCACAUGUGAUGAAAACAUUGAAACAAACUCCAAGGAGGAGCCGAGCUCUGAAUCUGAAGGCUCCGUGUUCACGAGUGACGGUUCAGAACACAGCCACUCGUAUGAGAAACUGGUAGAGGAAUAUGCAAAGGAAGAAAACACCGAAUCUUGAGAUACUAGAGUCUGUAACUGUGUUAAGUCAAUACAUCUUCCUGGUCACCUGUUGUUGACUUGGUUGGCAUUGAAGUAUAUGUAUUCUAAUGUGAACCAUUUGAAAGGAUAUCAGAUGUCCCGCUGCACAUUCGGAGUCUGAUAAUGAGACUGCAAAGAUCAAAUGUAAAAUCGGCGUCUUCUUGAUAAUACACAUCAUGUUGACUGAUUUCAAAAGUUCUUGAACGCUGUCCAGAAUCUUAAUGACUAUGGACCACAGAGCAUAACUUGUAACCCCAUGAGUAUCAAACAUCUGCUCUACUUCUGUCUUUUACACGGUUUCAGAAACUAUUGUAAUGUCCAAACCAAGAACUAUUUUCCAUGGUUGCAUGGAAAUGUAAUUGAUUUUUCCCAUAGUUUCUUCUAUGCAUAUUCACCAUAUUGGUGUUUUAUUAGUAUUUAUUAAAAUGAAGGACGUAGUAGCUUUUUAUUUAAAAAAAACAAAAACUACAUGGGUUUAUAUGUCUCUCAUUGCACAAUUCCACCAAAUGAGGACAGAUCAAAGUCCACUCCAUUGCAGAUUGUCUUUUUAAAACCUGAGCCAAACAUUUGUCCUUGAAGAAAAAUGUUGUUAAAGAAAGGGUUACGGGCCAAUUCUAACUCUUUCUUUCUUUUUUUUUCUUUGAUAUUUCAUUUCUUUGUUUUGUGAAGUCGUUGAUAACUUGUGUCUGAGAUUGCUGUUUAUUAUGACUGUAUGUGACAGAGUUGUGACUGCACAACAAGGUCAUCAGUGAUGCAUAGGCAACAUCUGAGUCCUGGAACCAACUGAGAGUGAACUUACAAAGGAAAAUCUUUUUUU